AUGAAACAACAAUUUAUAAAAUCUUCGUCAGGAUACGUCUUUGCUGAUGCCGGCUUCGAUGUUUGGAUGGGAAAUAUGCGAGGAAACAAGUAUUCUAGAAACCACAUUAGUUUCAAUCCGUUCUUUAGCAGUUUCUGGAAUUUCACUUGGGACAAAAUGGCUCAGUACGACCUGUCCUCAAUGAUCGACCACGUACUAAUCACCUCUGGCCAAACGCACGUAUACUACGUCGGUCAUUCGCAAGGCACUCUCACGAUGUUCGCCAAGCUUUCCACCGACGCAGCCUUCUCCAAAAAGGUUAGCUUGCUGCAACACCAAUUUCCAAUAACUGUAGCUUAG